UGGUAUCUGUUCUGGAAUCUUCUAUUUACUAUGUUUAAUUGAACGUUUUUUACACUCAAGCUUUGUAAACAGUUUGUUUAUAAACAAAAAUAGACUCCUCCAAUCAAAUUCAAAAUUUUCAAACCGUUACCAAAAUUCAAAAUAAUGUUAUAAAAUAAUGGCAGCAUUUUAUUUAAAAAAAUUAAAAUGAAAUCCGUUAGGGAAAAAGACAAGGAAAAUAACAAACAAACUCCUAAAAAAGCUAAACCUGCACCUGAUUUUUCAAAAUUACACAAGCAAUGGGACUCAAAACUACAAAAGGGGAAAGCAGUUACAAAGAAACCACUUACUGAUAGUCAGCCAUUUCAACUUACAUGUGCAGGAAAAUAUAUUUCACCUAAAAGAGAUAGCAGUUUUCAGGUUGAUGAAAAGGCUAAAGAAAGUAUUUUAGAUUGCAAAGGUAUUCAGGAUAAUCAGGUUGUUAAAAAGAAUCGUGCAACUAUUGCAGACUGCACAAGAGGAGUUGUUCGAAGUUCUAUUCCACGUCCAUCAUUUGGCUGUCGUGCUCCUACUUCACGUCAAUCAUUUAGUUGCCAUGCAACAAAAUUUCCUGUACAUCCUAAUAAAUCUUCAGAUAAAGAUUUAAAUGUUUUAUCAGUAGAAAAAAAUGCUUCUAUUGUUAGGCAUAAAAAUAAUACAUCUAUUCCACCUAUAAUGUCUUUUGAAGGUUCCUUUAUUGAUGAAAGCAACAAUGUAAAAAUAGGAAAGAAAAAUGAUGAAAAAGAAAUAGAAAACAAAAAUGUACUAGAAAAUCGUUCAGUGAAAGCACAGCAGAUGCAAGGUUUUAUGGUUGAUUUUAAAACUGAUAAUAAUGCAUUGAAAAGUAUCCUCAGUGAAGAAGGGUUGCCUUUUUUUAAUACUCCUGCAAAACGCAGUAGUCAGUUUGGGCCAUUAAAAAAAAGAAGUUCAGAACGUGUUGCUCCAUUUUCAAGACUUUCAAGUGUCAAAAACCCAGUUGGACGCGCAACACUAGCAGUUUCAAGGAGCAAUGCACUUGGAAUGUCACAGUUAAAUAAACCACGUUGGUCAAUUUUUUCACGAGAUAGCUUUUCCACAAAGCCUGAUUUGCUCACAUGGCUUAAAGAGCUUGCUGAAAAUCCAAGUUUCAAGAAAUCUAUUUGCAAAGAAGAUUCUUUAGCCCAAAGCUCAACAGAUCGGAAUUUGUUAUCUACUUCAGAUAUUAUUGGAUCAAAAACUAAAUUUAAUGCAACAGUUGUUGGUUAUCAAGGAGGUCUUAAUGAGAUGCCAACCAAUAAAAGUAUUUUAAAAGAUAAUAAUUUGGAAAAAAUAUCCAAGAACUCUUUAAUUGACGAUAUACAGCAUCUUAAAAAAGAUUGUAGUAAGUUAUCAUCUGAAACGAAAGUUGAUUUAUUUGAAUCCAAAUUAAAAGCUAAAAAUGAAAAACCUUUAGUAACCUUCAGUCAUCACUCAAAGUUUGAAAGUCCUUCAAUUAUAAAUAAGGGGUUGCAUUAUAAAACAUCACCAGUUUCAAAAUGUGCUAAUUGUUUUGUUUUAUCAAGCAACAAUAUUGAUGCAGUAAAUAGAAUCGAGUGUAAUCUAAAAAGUUCCUUUACAUCCACUUCAAGUCCUUUAAUUUCUAUAAAUUCAAAAAAAACAGCAAGCUUAUCAACAAUAAAAAAAGUGCAUUGGGCUGAUAUUCAACUUACAAAAGAGGUUCCAUCUGUAUGCUCUCAGCCAACUUCUCACCAAAUCCAGUUUGUAAUGCCAGCUGAGCAUCCUCUUGAUAAAAGCCCGCCUAAAACCUUAGUUAAUGAUUAUAUUCAAAAGCUCAGCUCUACAAAAGUAAAUCCAUCUACAUAUGGUUCAAAAAAUGAACAUGUGAUUAGUUGGUCUGAUGUUUUACGCCAAGAGCUUCUCACUUCUCUAAAUAAUACUUCAGAAAACUGGGAUCAUCCUGGAAAAAUAGAUUCAAACCCUGUUUCAGCUGUAUCUGAUAAUUUAACAAAAAAUUUGAUCAAUUUUAAUGAUCCUCAAUUUGAUUUAAAUGAUGUAUCUUCUUUUCAUUCGCAAAAUAAUCUUCAAAGUACACUCAUUACCACGCCGUUGGUAACAAAUAUGCCAUCUACUUCUAAACAUGAUAGCCAGUUAAUAGAACAUCCUUCUAAAAUGUCUUUAAUAGACUUAGAUGAAAGUUUCCGUAAAGAUUGCACUUUUCCAUUUUCCCAUGAUACACUAAUAGAUAAGGAAAAAGAGUCCAGGAAUGUUAAUUGUUUAGAAAAUACUUUUGAUUUAAAAACAAACAAACUGAAUUCUUACUUGGAAGAAACUAGUGGUGAUAACUUUAUCUAUAUUAAGAAAGAUGAGCAGACAUCCGUAAAGCUCUCUGAGCAAGAUAUCGAAACAUCAUUAGAAAAAUCAUUGGUUGCUAAAAAUAAGAAGAAAAGUAAACAUCGGAAUUCAUAUUUAGAAAAAAUCUGUGGUGAUUUUUUUACUUAUAUUAGCGACGAUGAAAAUCCCUUACCAUCGAUUAUUGAUGAAACCCAAACAGCAUGCUCUUUAGACCAUAAAGUUUCCAAUUUAAAUAGGAACAAUGACUGUUUAAGCAAAUUAAAAAGUCCAAAUAGUCAAUAUAAAGAUGAAAAAAAACUCUUACGACUUGAUACAUCAUCAAGUUCAGCAAAUUUUUUAAUGAACAAUCUAAAUUCAACUGAAUCAUUAACAAAUUUAGCUGACGCUAGUGAACAUUUGCCAGCUAAAUUAAAUCAGGUAUCUGCAUCUUCGAAUUUACCUGAGCUUGUUAAUUCUUCAAUAGAUUCGUUUGUUCACAGUCAGGACUCGGUAACUAAAUGUUCAUUAGGAAAAGACAAUGUUUUAAUAGUCUCAACGAGUUCACCAAGUUCUUUAGUUAUAUGUUCCUCUGUAGCCAAUAUUCGCUCACCGAGUAUGUUAGUGUUUCCACAGUCAACAAUGCAAUUUGGUAAAACUUCACUCUCGAGACUAACACAAGAACCGUUAAAAAGUAGUAUACUACGUCCAAGCAAACUUUUAGAAUCAAAAGAAAUUAAAAAUAAUGACAGUAGUAAUAGUGAUAUUAAAACUACUUCGACUUCAAUUGUUAAAACAAAUUUAGACAGUGAGUUACUUUUUCGAUUUGCUUCUUUAACAACAAACCCUAAUGACUGUCAAAAUUUAUCUAGUAUGAAAUUUAUAGAGAAUCAACAAAAUAUUUUGAAACCGAGUAUUCUUUCUUCUAGCUUAAAUCGAUCAAACAACGAUACAUUAAAAACAUUGAAAAAUGUUGAUAGCUUUAAUAAUUUUUCAUCGAACUUGACUCAUCCACUUUUCUCUCAAGCUCAAUUUCCUGUUAAUCCUUUAUUUAAAAAAGAUGCCACCAUAAUCAAUUCCGAUACUAGUUGCACUAAUAACUUAAUUUUGGGGUCUGAAAAUUCAGUUCAAUUUGAAAAUAAUGACGUCGAUGAUGACGAAGAUUUAUGCUUGGUAUUUUCAAGACCGAAUAUUACUAAUUUAACUAGUCAUCGAUUCCAACGCACCGCAUUUUCUCCAUCGCGUGACUGUUUGCCAUCAGAAGAGUAUAACAAAUGCAAAAACAACUUGAUUGGUGUAUCAGAGGAAAAUAGUGCUUUCCGACAUAUUGCGCCACGGUGCAAUGUCUUUCCUAAAAUUUUUUAUAAUAAUAUAGCUGCAUCUAAACCAUCAGAACAACUCAAACAGUUACAAUAUUUAAUGGUGAAUAUGGAACUUCCGAAUAAAUAUGAUGCUAUGUUAGAUGCUGAAGUUUCAGUAUGUAGCAAGUUUGUGGAAAUAAAUCAAAUGUUUAUUAAAAGCGAAAUGUUAAUACGUCAUGGGGCUCUUGAUCCAGUUAGUCAACUGUUGACUUUUGGCGAUGGAAAGCACUUUGUUCCCAUCAAUGUUUACGCUUAAUUAAAUCUACGCUUCACUGAAAUCUGUGUGAACUUAAAGUUGUUGCAGAAAAGUAAAACAAUAGUCGAUUCUGCUUGUAUUGCUCUAAAGAAGUUGUAACUUAGAAUUUAGUCGACAAAUUUUUUAUAUUUA